AUGGCAGGACAGGGUCGGCAGCUGGGUCGAGGGAGUGGCAGCAUCUGGGACGCCCAGUUCGGCAAGUUUUGGCCACAGCCUAGCCCUGAGCAGAGCGCUGUUCAAGCCAAGAGCCGCACACAAAUGCAAGAAGAUGCCAACUUUGGUCUUCACAUUGCCAGCUCCUCGUCGGAAGAUUCCGCCAUUGUGACCUCGCAUCGCGUCAAACGGCUCAACCCAGUUUUUGAGCGUCAGGAAGAUGAAAAUAGCGAAGAACUUGGUAUUCUGCAAGAAAGCACCAAUACAGACCAGCUUCUUCUUGAUGGCAGUACCGUGACCGAAUCGCGUAUCGACACGGCCUCCAACAUGCCCUCGACGCGCCCCUCGGUUGCGGGCGCCUUGCCAGUUGUCGUCUUUCAACCAAGACUGCUAACUCUGGCGUCUGCUCCAUCCUCAAGCUGCUGUGCACCGCACCACAUCUCAAAACUGGCCAAGUGCCAAGCGCCCUACCACACCUGGUGCAACCCAGGAGCCUGGCUCAGCUGUGUGGCGAAAAAUCACCAAGUUAGAGAGACUUGGAUCCCAAGAGGCAAAGGCUACAACUGCAAGCGUACACUCAAGCAGAUUGGAUCGACGUCAUUGAGUUUCGGCUCUUUCAUACGUGUUUUCAAACUCAACUGGCUGUUGCCCAGCCAGCUGCCCAGGCUCCUGCUUACUCAACAUGGCAAGUCGCCUGCAUAA